AUGUCCAGCCAAACUGAAAGAACUUUUAUUGCAGUUAAGCCAGAUGGUGUUCAAAGAGGUUUAGUCUCUCAAAUUUUAUCUCGUUUUGAAAAAAGAGGUUAUAAGUUGGUUGCUAUCAAAUUAGUCCAAGCUGACGACAAAUUACUAGAGCAACAUUAUGCUGAACACGUUGGUAAACCAUUUUUCCCAAAAAUGGCUUCUUUCAUGAAAUCUGGCCCAAUCUUGGCUACUGUAUGGGAAGGUAAAGAUGUGGUCAAGCAAGGUAGGUCCAUUCUUGGUGCCACUAACCCAUUGGCCAGUGCUCCGGGCACCAUCAGAGGUGACUUCGGUGUUGAUCUAGGCAGAAACGUUUGUCAUGGUAGUGAUUCUGUUGAAAGCGCUGAACGUGAAAUUAACUUAUGGUUCAAGAAGGAAGAUUUAAUUAGUUGGGAAUCCAACCAAGCAAAAUGGCUUUAUGAAUGA